GUGUGGGUACAGAGUGUGAAGAUGCUGCAGCAAGUGAUGCGUGUGUCGUGGAGGAGCGUGACCCCAGUGAUGAAGUGGGUGGAACCUAUGGUGAGCGUGAAGACUCUGGAUCAGAUGCCCGGACCGUCAGCAGUCAGGUUCAUCUGGGACCUGCUGGCAAACCGAGGACUGUCCAGACUGCAUGAACUGCAGCUGGAGGGGCGGCGGCGGUUCGGGCCAAUGUGGAAGGCACGUUUUGGGCCGGUUCUGACCGUACACGUGGCAGAACCCGAGCUUAUGGAGCAAGUGCUUAGACAGGAGGGACACACACCUGUGCGGUCAGACAUUUCCUCCUGGAAGGACUACAGGAAUCACAGGGGGCAUGGAUACGGCCUGCUGACAGCUGAGGGAGAGGAGUGGCAGAGUGUUCGCAGUCUUCUGGCUAAACACAUGCUGCGUCCCAAAUCUGUGGAGGCGUACGACAGCACACUCAACUCUGUAGUGAGCGACUUGAUCACUAAACUCCAGCUCCGCACACAGCAAAAUUCUCACGGAGUUGUCACAGACAUCGCAACAGAGUUCUACCGCUUUGGCCUUGAAGGUAUUUCAUCGGUACUCUUCGAGUCCAGGAUCGGGUGUUUGGACGCAGAGGUUCCCAUGGAAACAGAGCGCUUCAUCCAGUCUAUUAACACCAUGUUCGUAAUGACACUGCUCACUAUGGCCAUGCCAGCGUGGCUCCACCGCCUUUUCCCCGGCCCAUGGCGGACGUUCUGUCAGUGCUGGGAUUACAUGUUCCAGUUCGCGAAAGGUCACAUUGAUCAGCGCCUUAAAGAGGAAAAGGAGAAGCUGGCGCGUGGGGAGGAAGUGGAGGGGCGAUACCUGACCUACUUCUUGUCUCGAGCCGGAAUGCCGUUAAAGUCUGUGUACAGUAACGUUACAGAGUUGCUGCUUGCAGGAGUUGACACGAUCUCCAGCACGUUAUCCUGGUCUCUUUAUGAGCUUUCUCGCCAUCCUGAGAUUCAGGAGUCCUUGAGGUCAGAGGUCAUGAAGGUUCUAGGAGACAGAAGAAUCCCAACAGCAGCUGAUGUAGCGGCCAUGCCUCUGAUGAAGGCCGUCAUUAAAGAAGUCACAAGACUGUAUCCUGUGAUUCCUGCUAACGCCAGAGUCAUCACAGAUCGGAAUAUAACAGUUGGGGGGUACAUCAUCCCCAAAAAGACACUCAUCACUCUGUGUCAUUACGCCACAUCACGUGACCCAGCUCAGUUUUCCGACCCAGACUCAUUUUUCCCGCAGCGGUGGCUUGGCCGUGAUAAAGUGCAUCACCCGUACUCGUCUCUUCCCUUUGGGGUUGGGAAGCGCAGCUGCAUCGGACGCAGAAUCGCAGAGCUCGAGCUGUACCUGGCGCUCAGUCGGAUUUUGCUGCAUUUCGAUGUGAAGCCUGAUCCGAGCGGCCAUGUGGUCCGACCCAUGACCCGGACUCUCCUGGUUCCAGAUAGAGACAUCAAUCUGCGGUUCAUCGAGCGCUGAGUCUCAGCACAUGGCAGCGAGACUCUUCUGCACAGGACAACAGUCCAGCACUCAAUAUAAUUAUUACGUAUUAUUAUAUUAAUGCGUUUUUCAGCCCUCUGGGGCCCCCUACAGGCCUGCUGCACAAGCAGCACCUCUGUGUGCACACAUGUACGUGUGUGUGUGUUUGUGUGUGUGUGCUUACACAGUGCUUUUUACAGACAUUACAUGUUCUGUUCGUCUGGAAACAGCACAGACCAGGAGCUGAAUCUCAGGGACAGAUAAAUUAUUCUUCUGUGAGUGUUAAUGUAAUGGACCAAUCAGUAUAAAUCUGUGCUUGGGGACACGCCCCCUAGUAGACACUGCCCACUACAGGCAGCACACAGUACUGGACACGGCCCUAGUGGAAAGGGCCCAAUAGCAGACAGGGACCAGGGCCCCCUAGUGGCCUGUUCAGUUCCUCUGAUGUACUGUCCGUGUUCCUAAGGUCUGUCAUUCCUUCCUCUGUUUUUUAAAUGUGAUAUUAAAUGUUUUUUUUUUAUUAUGAACAUAUUCAUUCCACAUAAUUUUUAUUUCUGUAACUAGAGGUAAACUGUAACUACUGUAAAAUUUUGAUGACCUUCACGUAGCACUUUAUUUACAUAACAUUUAUUUACAUGUGAUGAUAUUAAUGCUCAGGUAAUGGUGCUUGAAAACCAUACUUUUCAUUGUUACUGCAGUGAUUCUGUAGUG